AAGGAAACGGGCAGAAUGCAAGCGUGUCUGGCAACCCGACGACGCGAGCGGGGCAGGUCUUCAGCAGGUACCCGCCAAACCAAUAUUAUAAUUUGCCUCCAAUUUGACAUAAUCGUGUUGUAUACUUUACAGCAUCAUUAUUGGUAUUAUAAUGUCAUGCCGCAACUGAAGGGUCCAGGUAGCACCUCCAUGCCCCAAGCUGGUGCUGCAACGAGCCGCAAGAUGGCUCGUUCCAGCACCACACGGGCAUCCAUUGCUACAAGCAGUCGGGAGGGCCGUGCAAAGAUGUCCGCCCCAACAAAGACGGAUUCGAAGCAGAACCUUGCUCUACUCAAGAUGGCAAUGGGUACCAGGCAAGCAACCACCAUGAAGAGUCCUGAAACGCAGAAAGUGAUACGAAUGGGCCCACGAGUGAGUGAGCUCAAGAAGAUGCUGACAACGGUGAUGCGUAGGUCAGCAGAAGGCAGCAAGGGCAGUGAGCAGCUUGACCAGAUAUCCUAUGGUGUGAACAAGGCCCGAAAAUCAUUUCCUGCGUCUUCGGAGAGCGAGAAGAAAUUGAAGGAGGUACUCCAAAAGAAGAGCAAUAGCGCGCAGCAACGGAAGCACAAGAAAAGGUUUUUUCGUGGGACCACCUACGGUCUCUAUCUCAGCGCACCGAAGAAGAAGAAGAAGGUUAGUAAAAAGCCUUUGGAAGAAGGAGGCGCUGCCAAGGAGGGCGAGUCGGACGAGAGUGGGGAGGUUGCCAGCGCGGAAGAGAUGGAAGAGGCAUCUUCGGAGAACGGCAGUCAGGCAUCCUCCCGCAUCACCGAGACUUCCUUGGAUGCGUCUGGGUCUCGAGACUUUGAACGUGGCGCUGUAGAAGAGAACGAUGAAGAGAGUCUGGUCAACGAUGCUCACAAGUCUAAUGCUGACUCACACUGCGAGUUUCGAGAGAUGAUAGCCGACGAAGCUGACGCAGAAAAUGCGUUCGUGGCAAUCGGGAGACUCGAUCAAGGGGUCCGAACGCAGUCAGCGAAGAAAACGAUACGCAAGCCCGAGGCAAACGACGUUCCUGAGUCUUCACUCUCUGAGGCCAUACUGGCUGAAGUCAUGUCACUGGGAGGGAGCUCCGUGAGUGAGAAAGAGAACAGCCAACCAGAACUGAUAGGUGACAACAGCAUGAUGGCACCAGGUAGCGGCAAUGAUUCGUAUAGUAUAGCGUCAAGCGUAAAGAACCGCCAGCGUUUCAAGCGCCGUCUGAUGGAGGAUCAUGUCGAUGUAGACGAAGUCAGUAUGUGCUCUUCCUCUUCAAUCAGUCCUGACUUGACACCUGGUGGUCUAACUGCUCCCAAGAAACCAAAGAAAGCCACAUGCAAUGGCACUGCCAGCACACCCUUGGCACAAGCAGAUGGAAAUGCAAACUGUGGUUACAUUAGAGUCGAUGUGGUGUAUGAUACACGGUUUCCAAUAUGUAACAAGUGCACCUGCUUGGCCAAGCCCCUUGACGCUGUUGCUGUUCGUGCAGCAGAGUCGAGGUCGUACUGUCAAGCACUUGAUUCUGUUCAAGGCAGGAUUGUAGGUUGUGUACGCCCUGUGAAGCCCGGCAGUUCCAGUCUGGUGCGUCCCUCAGUCCGUAUUCCUUACGCCGCUUUGUGUGAAGGUCAUAUGCGUCGCCUUCGUCUUCACCACUGCUGUCCUGGCUGCGGGGUCUUCUGCACUCAGGGAGACUUUGUGCAGUGCAGCACUUCGGUACGACUCGAAGCCUGUACCCCUCACAUAUUCCACCGACGGUGCCAGGUGGACGGUGGAAAUGGGACAUCCCCUCUGUGUCCACACUGCGGCUGCGGUGCCCCUUUCGAGCCCAUCCACCUCGAGCUUAAAACACCUCGGCCUCCCACCUUCUAUCUCACACAACACUUAGCACUGCCGUCCAAGCGAAAUGCCCGCAUGAGCUCCCAGAGACCCGAUGAUGUGGUAGAUGAAAAACCUGCAGUCAGUGGUGAAUCAAUUGUGCUUGAGGACGCUGGGGUGACACUCUCCACAGAUGCGCUGCCUCAGUGUGCCUCCAAGAGAGAGUUAGAAUUAAUGAUUCGAAAGCUGAAAACAGAAAAGACACCUGGCACAAAGUAUAACGUAAGGGCUUUGUACACUGCUGCAAAGACAGGAGACCUUGAGACUGUAUUAAACAUGAUUGUGUGCGGACACAACGUAAACCAUGUAUUUGAGGAAAAUCAUAGUACCACUGCACUUCACCAGGCGGCAAGCUUUGGCCAUCUAGCCAUUGUUCACAUUUUGUUUCAAACAGGAGCGUUUCUCGACGAACGUGAUGGUCAGCUGUACACCCCAGUAAUGAGAGCUGUCGACUCUAAACAUGUCGCCGUUGUGAACUACCUGAUUAAAGUUGGUGCUGAUGUACGUGACAAAAGGGGUGAAGAUGGAAUGACGUGCUUGCAUUUGGCUGCACGAAGUGGGAGCCAAGAAAUGUGUGACCUGCUUCUCAACUCGGAAGCUAUACCAAUUAACGUGCAGGAUGACGGUGGCUGGACUCCUCUGGUCUGGGCCUCGGAACAUGGAAAGUCUGACGUCGUCAAAUUCCUACUUUCUAGAGGAGCGGAUCCAAACUUGAAAGAUGGGGAGGAAAACAUAUGUCUCCACUGGUCAGCAUUCUCAGGCAAUGUGGAUAUAUCCGCAUUGUACUUGGAUAGGGGAUCUGAUGUGAAUGCUGUCAAUGAGCAUGGUGACACUCCGCUCCAUGUUGCAGCCCGGCAGGAUAACCACGAAGUGGCUGUGCUCCUCCUCAAUCGUGGUGCGCGCUUGGACAUCCUAAACAAGAGGAAUGACAGUCCCAUUGCUUGUUGCAAAGAUGAGAAGUCCCUCAGCUGGUUGGUUCUAAAUGUCAACUUAGAACUGCGCAACGUGGUUCAGAGUAGUGGUUCAAUUCAGCAAAAGAGGACUGUUCACAGGGACAUCAGUCGCGGCAAAGAACUGAACCCAAUCGACUGUGUGAAUGAUGUAGAUGACGAGCCUGCUCCCAUUGACUUCCUAUAUCUGCUGGAGAACUGCGAAACAGUUCCCAUUUCCAUAGACAGAACAAUAACCUCUCUACAGAGCUGCAAAUGUGAGGAUUUGUGUACCUCUCCGUCUUGCCUCUGUUCAAGUAUCAGUUACAGGUGCUGGUAUGGCAAGGAUGGGCGUAUAGUUCCAGAGUUCAAUAUGUUGGACCCUCCGAUGCUGUUUGAAUGUAGCAGAGCCUGCCUGUGCUGGAGCAACUGCCAGAACCGAGUGGUACAACAUGGCAUCACGUGUCACCUACAGCUCUUCCGUACAGCUGGAAAAGGCUGGGGAGUACGCACACUUCAAAGCAUUCCACGGGGAACCUUUGUAUGCGAGUACAUAGGCGAGAUCCUAUCUGACUCCGAAGCGGACCAGAGGGAAGAUGACUCUUACCUUUUUGACCUAGAGAAUCGGGACGGUGAGACAUUCUGUCUGGACGCACGUUACUAUGGCAACGUGAGCAGGUUUGUGAACCACCUGUGUGAGCCUAACCUGGUUCCUGUGCGGGUGUUUGUGGACCACCAGGAUUUGAGCUUUCCCCGCAUGGCCUUCUUCAGUUCACGGGACAUUGAGCCUUAUGAGGAGCUCGGGUUUGACUAUGGAGAAAAAUUCUGGAUGAUCAAGUACAAGAUGUUUACUUGCGAGUGUGGCUCUCAAAAGUGCAAGUACUCCAAAGACAAGAUCCAAGAAACACUUAUCAACUACAACAAACGCCAAAAGGAGGAUCAGCAGGGGGAUUUACCUGCAUCCGUGGCAAGUUGAGGCAUGCCUCAACCAUCAUUAGUGCAGUUUCAUUACUUUGACAAAAUGAUGCACAGCUCUGCAACGCAUCCUAUGAACAGUCAUUUGACCAGAUAUCAUCCACAGUCUGCGAGAUGUGUUUCUGGUCCCAGAAACAAUAUGGUAAAUUUGGUUACAGUGUGGAAAGUUUUGACCAGCUUUAGUUUGACAGUAAUUGAAAUUAGUACUGGUAUUUCACUGGUUAUGCCAAAGCUCAGUCAAAGUUCAACUAAGUAUUGAUUAGACUUGCGUUUUUGGGUGUUCCAGUUUUUUUUUUUUUUUUUGAAAAUUGGAGGGCUUAAAUCGUGUGAUACCAGGUGGAAAAGCAGAUUUUCAGGGAAAAAAAGCAAAAUAUGCUUCUUGCACCUGGUCACGUGUCAGGUGACCAUGAGAUGCGAAGAGGCUGUGCUGAAUGCACAGUUUUUGGCGUUCUCCACUGUCAAUAUUGGUAACUGAAUUUGUGCUUCUGCAAGUUCACAUUCUGGAUUUUGCAGGUUUUACCUCUACCUGAGGGUGAUACAGAUCGACGGGUAAAAAUGGGUUCUGCUGGGUAUAGCCCUAAAACGCAAGGCUUUAAAUACGAUGUGCAAAAGCAACCUUUUGCAUGCUUUCAGUUGAUCCGGUAUGGCAUACCAAUGCCGCUCCUUUUGGGUUCACCUUCGGAAAGUACAAAUUUGACGGCAUACUACUAAGAUUCUGCAAUGAAACAAUGUAUACUAGACUCCUGGAUUCAUGGAUUUAGACUGCAUGCUUUUGAUGCUUCUAUGUUAGGUUAUAUGAAAUUCCUGCACCAAUUUUCACAAAGUGUCACAACAUAUUUUGAACUCUGAAUUCAGGCCAUGCACACAUUUCUACGGUUGUCUACCAUGACACUAAAAGGACCAAUUUAAUACAUGGCUUACUUGUGAAUUUGGUAUACAGGCACACAAUUUGACUGGCACACUCCAUCGUCGUAUGCAGAGACCUGAGCAGUAAUCGACAGGUCUGUUGGAUGAUAGGGUGCUUUGGCAGGCACAUUGGGACCGGCCGUUCCUUGAGUAUCUGAACAGUCAAGGCUAUUGCCAACACCUCCACAAUUCAGUUCAAUUCACUUACACAUAAUGUUGUGAAUGUACAACACCCAAAGCGGUAAUAGAGGAGGAGCAAAGAAGCAGACAGAAAACUGUUAGUCGUACUGCCUGGUCUUAGACAAAGUGACAAGCCGUUCGCACCCCCGCAGGUUCAUCCAAUAGGAAUAACCGCUGCACCCCUUAUGUUUAUAAGUCACAUCUUUUCUAGGAUCAUUUUCUUUUUAUACAUCCUCCCAUUGCUUAUUUCUUUACAGCUGUCAUAUUUUGCAGUCUUUUGUGAAUAUAUUUGCCCCCUUCUGUACUAGAAAGUGUCAUUUUAUGGUUGAAUUGGGACGAGCACAUUUUUGUGAUGCUCACAUUUUCAUACGGAACGUUUUUUUCUCUUGUUGGCACGCAACGUUUUGGAUUGAUUUUAAGUGCAUUACAAUAAGCGUGAAAUAAAUGAGAUGUGAAAUGGA